AUGCCAUUGUCAGCGUCUCAAAUAUCGCACGCCCAGCAUCAGGAUGCUUCGGUCGCAGCCGCAGAAAAGGCUGCCCCUGCCUCUAUCGCAGCACUACCAGACUCACCAGCAUAUUCGGCUUUUUCUAAGAACCAGAUCACACUCAUUCAUUGUCUUGCCUCCUUCGCCGCGAGCUUCUCACCUCUUUCGUCCUUCAUCUUCUUCCCGGCCAUCGACGACCUGGCCCAGGCACUCGACGUUUCCGCUGGAAGGGUCAACCUGACCAUCACCUCGUACAUGACCGUGGCCGGCCUCGCACCGGCUAUCCUCGGAGACCUGGCGGACAACAUCGGACGUCGAAUGAUUUACCUCUUUAUGAUGAUCAUUUACUGCAUUGCCAACACCGGCCUUGCGCUCCAGACAAACUGGACGGCGCUUUUCCUGUUGAGAAUGCUGCAGAGCACCGGGAGUGCCGGUCAAGUGCUAACAGAGGCCAGCCACCAUUGCGCUAGGUCCCAACAUCGCGACGGCCAUCAGCCCCAUCUUAGGCGGCGCCCUCACCAGCUACGCGGGGUGGCGCUGGAUUUUGGGUUCCUCGCCAUCUGGUCGAGCAUCUGCUUGCUCCUGGUAUCUUCGUUCCUCCCGGAAACAGCGCGAUCCGUCGUUGGCAACGGAUCCCAAAACAUCUCGAGCCUUCGGCGGCCACUAGUAGUAAUAACCAGCUUUAGGAGCCCGGAACAAGUGCCAUAUUCCCCAAGGAAAGACGACGGCUCAGGCAUCGAGCCGGUUCUACUGCCUACCAAAGCCGGCAGGGAAAGUCGCCGCUUCAAGCUCCCCAACCCUCUGGCGAGCUUGAAGCUGCUAUGGGCCAAGGACAGCGCUCUGAUCACGCUGAUUUUCGGCGUCUUUUAUAUAUGA